AUGGCCAAAUCGACGAGAUCAAAAGUCAAACGCUCUUACCGACACAAGAAGAGAGAAGAAGGUGUCUACGCUGCCACAGAAGCCGCACGACUCAAUCGCAUGAAUGCCAAACUCCUUGCUGUCGCUGCAGCGCCGAAACCAUUGGUAGAAGAAGAAAAAGACGCCGAUGAUGAAGACGAGAUGCGAGGUUGGUAUAUGUUUGCAGCCUUCGGAAUCAUGGAUGCAGAUACUAUCACCCCCGAGCGUCAGGAGAUGUUCCGAGUCGAUGGACUGCGGACAUCCGAAGAAGAUAAGGCUCAGGGUACUGUCGAGGAGAAUACAGCCCCAAUGGAUAUCGUAGGCGAUGCGCCGACACGCAUCUCUACACACGGUCCUCGUGGUUCACGCAGAGAAGAAUGGAGGAAAUCGAAAGGCAUGGAACCCAGACCCAAGCGCCACGGGACGAACCGACAAGGUGUCCCAGUCGCAACUAGAAAGGCUGGUCGAUCCCAGCGACGGAGAUAG